AGCGCGGGCUGCGGAGAGGCGGGCCGGGCGGAGCGGAGCGACUGGAAGCGCGGGCCGGGGAGGCGGCGGCGGCGGCGACGGGGGACCUCGAGGCUCAGCCCCCGCAUCGGAGCAGCCCUCCGCGGCGCUCGCCCCUCGCCGAGCCCCACCACCGAGCCCGCUCCGGGCCGGCGUGCGCUGGUCACCGAGGCCCAGCCCGCCGCCGCCGCCGCGGCGCGAGAGAAACACAGCAAGAGAGGGAACACAAGCAGGGGGAGUGGGAGAGGGAGAAGCAGGCUUCCCACCAAGCAGGGAGCCCGAUGUGGGACUUGAUCCCAGGACCCUGGGACCAUGACCUGAGCCGAAGGCAGACGCUUAACGACUGAGCCACCCAGUUCUUGAAAUCAUGAAUCCUGUUUAUAGCCCUGGUUCUUCUGGGGUUCCCUAUGCAAAUGCCAAAGGAAUUGGUUAUCCAGCUGGUUUCCCCAUGGGCUAUGCAGCCGCAGCUCCUGCCUACUCCCCCAACAUGUACCCUGGAGCGAAUCCUACCUUCCAAACAGGUUACACUCCCGGCACACCUUACAAAGUGUCCUGUUCCCCCACCAGCGGGGCAGUGCCACCAUACUCCUCCUCCCCCAACCCCUACCAGACCGCUGUGUACCCUGUGCGAAGUGCCUACCCCCAGCAGAGCCCCUACGCGCAGCAAGGCACGUACUACACACAGCCCCUGUAUGCAGCACCCCCUCACGUCAUCCACCACACCACAGUGGUGCAGCCCAAUGGCAUGCCGGCGACGGUGUACCCUGCUCCCAUCCCUCCACCUAGAGGCAACGGCGUCACCAUGGGCAUGGUGGCUGGGACCACUAUGGCCAUGUCGGCAGGUACCCUGCUGACCGCCCACUCCCCAACUCCUGUUGCCCCCCACCCAGUCACUGUGCCCACGUAUCGGGCCCCAGGAACGCCCACCUACAGCUACGUGCCCCCUCAGUGGUGAUCACCCUGCAAAUGUUUGAGGAUGGAGCUGUGCAGUCACAUCAUGGAGGUUCCACAGCUGGUGCUGCAGGCCUCGCGCCUCCAACCCGGACUUUCUUCUUAAUGCUCUCUACACUUAGCUAAACACUACUAUGGCCCGGCCCAGCAGGUCCCAGCGCCAUUAGUCUCCAACUAACUCUGUGGGUUGGUCUUAAAGCAAAUCCUGUUUUAUGGGCUGCCUGGCAAUUUUUUUAGCUAACUGUAAUGAUUAAAAGGGAGUAUUAAUCUAUUCUGAAUCAUAUCUAGUUGAAUGCAUGUUUAAAAAAACAAACACAAAAACAAAGCUUGCUCAAUCUACCUGCAGUGACUGAUGCAAAACCAUCAUAUGCAAAACCCAAAGGAAUGGAAAAGCAUUUUAUAACUUGUAUCACUAAUGCACUGUUGUAAUGUAUGCAGAGUCUUAAAGUUAUAAGUGUUAAAGUGAAUUUCUUCAUAGAGUAUCUGAAAUCCCUUAGAUGAUGAUUCUUCAGCCUUUGGGGUUGAGGUGGGUUGCCAGUUGGUAACGUGGACUUUGAGUUUUCAGCCAUCUAUUUCUUUCACACUGACUGCACGGCGAGGGGAGAGAGUUGCAGGGACAGGGAGAGUGCCAGGAGAGCCACCACUGCCAGGGAUGCAGCCAGCUUACUGGGCAUCCCUAUCUUGCCAUUUAGUCUUGGGGGGCAUUGUGGUGUGGACAUUCUUAAAGAUCAUCGUGAAAGUGUAGAGUGUGUGGCCAGUAUAUAGCUAGGGGCAAGAGGUGGUCUUUGUAUCAGCAAAGCAAUUUUCUCUGCCAUUUAAGUUUUCAUGACAAGCCUCUUACAGAUAGAGAUGAGGUUUUCUGUAUCUUUACUGGAAAAGUCCUAUGUAGAACUAAAUUAUUUUCCUGGGAUGGAAGACAUGUGAAGGAGAAACAGCCACACUUGUAGGAGGUAUUGGCUUCUCCUUUAUUUAGCACAGAAAACCAUUCCUCCCUGCCCCAAGAAAUGUUUCAGUCCACUGAAAACAUAGAUAGGCAUUGCUGUUCUCACCGCCCCCCUGUCACCCUCCUCGCCAAAGAAGGGCAAAGAUUUCAGCUGUUAUGAAGAAAGUUGUAUAUUUAAGAACUAUUAAAAGGGAACAAAACUUUAUUUGAAGUUUCUUGUAGAGAGGCAGGGCUUGGCUAUGUUUGGGCCCAUCCACCUGAUGGGGACUUGUCAUCUCAGAAAAUUUGGAGGCUGCUCCUGGAGAUGGGUCUGUGGAGAUGUGAGGGAAGGGCUGGUGCCUUUUGUCUGUGAGCCUUGUCUGCCAUGUCUUGUAGCUGAGGGCUCUUAGCACAAAGCAGGUAUGGACAGCAAAGGGCCAGGCAGCAUCAGAAUGCAUUUGCUUUCCAGGAUUUAUUCGGAAAGGAUUUUGUGUUUAAAGUCUGAAUAUUGUACAUAAGAAAUGAAAAGGAUUUUUUUGCCUAAAUGUGCCCAACUUGUAUCAAUGGGAAUGUGUGUCUGUUCAGAGAGGGGGUGGGAGGGUGAGGGUUUUGUUCCCUUUCAGCAGUCUGUCAGGUGGGCGUGGGGUAUGCUCCUGUUCACCCCAUCAUUGUUUCAAGUGUUGUGGGCUUUGGUUGGGGAGGGGACCCUGCCCCUACAUCUCUGGCAGCUAGGUCAGGACUCUGGCACUGGUUUGGCAUUCGGCCCCAUUUGGUGAGUAGGACACCUGACCCCUGAGCCUUUGGUAACCUUAUUUUUUGUAGUAAGUACCCCAUAAUUUUUUUUUCCACAUUUUAUUUUAUAAGAAGUUUAGGAAUAUUUUUGCAUGGAUCAUUGUAAACAGAAGAUUCCUUAUUCCUAAUGUCUAUUAACAUAGUGUGCUUACUGAUAAGUACUUUAAAUUGCUUCAUUAGCACUUAACCCACAUGUGUGUUUGUCAGUGUGUGUCUGUGUGUAUGUGAACCAUUUACUUCAGGCACAUGGUUUGUGUCCACUUCUUCAACUCUUUGUUGGUAAUUCCAUCUGUAUAGUAGAUGGUUUGUGAUAAAUAUCUGAUAGGUUCUAAGGGUUCCAGGGCUGAACUGACCAAGUAAAAGAAAAGUCAGUUUCCCCAGUUUAGUGUAAUAGAUUAGGAGAAAAUACGAUUUUAAUGUAUGCUUUAGUAAAGCCCUGAACAUCAAAAUGGGUGCGCGCACACACACAUACACACACACACAAAACUACAUGUAAAGGGGUGGAGUUAUUUGAAUUGAGGAAAGAUAGAAGUUAUAUAGGAUGCUUCAUUGGGCUUGCUUGAGACAUGGCACACACAGGGUGAGCGUUUUCACAAGCACUGAAUUAAAUGGUGUUUUUGAGAGCAAGAAGGGUGGGUUGCAUUUCGCCCCCAUUUAUAUCAGCUUCAUAAACACUUUCCACCUUAUAAUUUUUUUUAAUCUCUUUUCUCCUUUUGUGAAGGUGAGUUUUGGGAGGCUUUAUCAAAUACUUUUGCAUAAUGGAAUACAUCUCUGGAAAUCUUCUAUUUUGAACCUGUCAGGGCGUCAGCUAUCAAAUAUAAUGAAAGGUAGAUCUUGCCUAGCAGGUAAGAAUCUGGACAUACGAAUAGUAGCAAAACUGUCAUAGGUUGCAAUUUUAACAGCAUUUAAUUCCAGUAAAAUUAAUUAAGGAAUAGACUUCUGUUAUAAAUUUGCAUAAUUUGAUAUCCCAAGAAUAAUAGUGGAACAUUCAGAGAAACUUUGCUUUUCUUUUUGUAUGUGACAUUCCUAAUUUGAGAGUCUUUCAGCUGAAUUAUGGUUCUUUCAGAAGUGGAGAUAGGCAAGCGAAGGACCUAAUUCCUCUAAACAUGAAUGUUAUCAUGGGUAUUAAAAAAAAAAUUGUUCUACAGCCUCUCUGCUAAGGUUUAGGAGGUCUCUUUGCUUAUGGAAAUUUUGUUAGGAUCUGGGCCAGGUGACUUGACUGUUUAGUGAAGAGCGUUGGUCCCAUCAGCUUGCUGCCUCUGUGAAGUGAAGCCAACAUCACGGCCAGGGCCAUUCAUGGUGAUAGGCAUGGAGGCCAGGCGCUUCCAGAAGCUUUUAUGUAUCGUGUUAAAUCUUUUCAGAACAUUCUUAUUGGUAUGGUUAUUAGACCAGCCAGUUGCUGUUCUGUGACUCUGUUUCUUGAGUGCUAUGCAAAUGCAGUAUUUACAGGACACGAGGGAGGUCUUGAGCCUCGGCCUGGGCAUCUGGUUGGCAAGCAUUUUGCCCUUCCCACGCUGGGCAUACAGUGCCUUGCUCCAUCUGGUGGCACCAUCACUUCUAUAAUGAGAGGAAAUACAUUCUUAAGGCACUUUGGCUAUGCUGCUCUCUGGCACACGGGUUUCUGUGAGUGUGCCUGCCAGCCGGUGGUGAAAGGUGGCACAUGCCAACCACAUCAGCAUUGGGGCCCACUUCCAAAAGGAAAUCCAGACUUCUUCAGUUCUUGGAAACAGUUGGAAACAGUAUUUCUCUGACCAGUUGGGCCACCUUCUCCCUAUCUGGCAGCUAAUGGCUGGAUACCCCAGUCAUUGCCAACCUGAGUAUUGCCCAGACAGGACAGGAUGCCUCUCUGACCCCUCAGCAGGCUCAUGGGCAGUUUUAAGGCUGAGUGGCUUGAGGGUGGGGGGCAGCUUCUGGUUCUUCUCUCUGGUGCUUUCUAAGGGUGGGUGGGGGUGUCUCUACAGAGGAGUGUGGUUGGCUCAGGGGAAGGGCAGACUGCUUAGCUCCUCUCUAGCACAUCUCAAGUGUUUGUGUGUGUUUUUCCCCUGAGCUGUUUAUUACUCAGCCUGAGCUUUCUGAAGGUGCAUCAGACUUUUUUGAACAGACUUGCAGAUGACCUGCUGCAGAGGAGGGUCUGAUCUUUUUGGGUUGAAAGUUGCAAAGUUGAUGUUACAUGUUUCAGAGGAUUUGUCUCCUCCCCCCACCCCUAGCAUGCAGCCCCCCCACCCCCCAUUCAUUUGAAGAACAGAAAACCCCCUAGGGAUAACCUUAUUUGAAUCCCCAGGACUAAAGUUUACUUACUUGGGACAGGGAGACAGAGGAGAGGCAGGUGUCUGUUCAGGAAGCCUGCAGAGGGCUUCAGGAGACCUUUGCUCCCAGGGCUGGUGUUUUGGAGAUGACAGGUGUCUCUCGUUUGGGCCUCCUGAGCCUUGUCAGUCUCCCACGGGUCCUUGUGCAGACUAGUGGUCAGUAAAAUAGGCUCUGUUGCACUCCGGCAGGGUUGCUGUGAUGGAGGAGAGGCCCCAAGGAGCCACAUGGGCUGUGACUGACUAGGAAAUGGUUCCUUUUUUUUUUUUUUAAAUGAUUUUUAAAUACUUUUUUUAGACCGUUCUCUUGGUACUUUUUUUAAGCUUAAGUCAGCAUUGUCUUCCAGUGUUAAAGGCAUCCCUCACCUCUGCAUUGAACUUACGGUGUCCAUCAAUACAAAGGAAUGGAACAUCCAUCCUGAGCCAGUUCCAUUAUGUGUAAAUUCAUACUAUUUUAAUUUUUUAUGCAAUCUGAUGAGUAGAUGAGCUCAGAUUUAAAAUUCUUAAAGGCACGUUUAUUGUAACAAGAAUUGUUAUGUAUUAAUACUGCAGUUUUCAAUAAAGAUUGACUUGUGUUU